CGGUCGCGCAUAAUCCCGUCGACCCACGACGACCCACGGCGAUCCACAACGACCUUGACGACCCACGAUGACCCACGACGACGACCCACGGCAAUCUACAACGACCUCGGCGACCCACGACGACCCACGGCGAAGCGCGACGACCCACGACGACAUAAGACAACCCACGACGACAUAGGACGACCCACGACGACCUACGACGACCUGCAACGACGACCUACGACGACCCACGACGACCUACGACGAGCAACGACGACCCACGACGACCUACGACGACCAACGAUGACCCACGACGACCAACGACGACCUACGACGACCAACGACGAUCCACGACGACCCAUGACGACCAACGACGACCAAUGUCGACCCAUGACGACCUACGUGACCAACGGUGACCAACGACGACCAACAACGACCCACGACGACCUACAACGUCCCACGACGACCAACGUUAACCCACGACGACCUACGACGACCUACGACGACUAA